CAUGUUUCGCGUUUGCAGAUUGAAACUGGAGGAAAUCCAGGAAUUCUGUUCAAGACACACCCUAACAUCAACAAAGAGCUAUUUGCAAAUGAGAACAUCCUAGGACUCAAAGAUCCAAAAAGGCCUUUUCCAACUGGCCAAGCUGGUGAUGCAGGGGGUGUUGGUCUUUUGAAGUGGAGGAUGCAGAGUGUUGAUGAGUCAAUGGUGCCACUCACAAUAAACUGCUGGCCUUCAGUCUCUGGAAAUGAAACCUAUGUCAGCAUUGAGUAUGAAGCCCCAUCGAUGUUUGAUCUGAGAAAUGUCGUGAUCUCAGUACCUCUCCCGCCUCUUCGAGAAGCACCGAAUGUGAGACAGAUUGAUGGAGAAUGGAGAUAUAACUCCCGGAAUUCCAUUUUGGAGUGGUCAAUACUUCUCAUAGAUAAUUCAAAUCGCAGUGGGUCAAUGGAGUUCGUUGUUCCUCCAGCAGAUUCUUCUGCAUUUUUCCCCAUAUCAGUGCAGUUUUCAGCCACUAGUACAUUCAGUGAUCUAAAGGUUGUCAAUAUUUUGCCGCUGGGUAGUGGAUCGCCUCCCAAGUUCUCUCAGCGGACUCAGUUGAUCACAGAGAACUACCAAGUGGUUUGACUGUCUACGAAAGUGCACCUUAAGUUUCCCAUUUCUGCACUCAAUAAAUAGUGUCUAGCCUUCACUGCCUGCAUUCAGCAGCUUUCGAGCAAUACCUCACAAGGAAAUUAUUCUUUUCUGAAUACAUCUUAAAUUUUACAGCCAAAUUUUUUCCUGUGAGUUCCAUUCUUUUUCACCGAUUUGAAGUGCAUGUUGCUAGAAAUUGAAUUGACGGGGAGACCGGAAUAUCAUAGAUUUCAAUUUUGUU